CACUAAUUAAUUUAAUUGCCAAACACACAAACCUAAACCCACCGAUAUUAAUCUCUCUUUGCUCUUCCCCUUCUCUCUAUACAUUUUCUCGGUUAAUUUUCUAUACAUGGCAGCUGUUGCCAUACAAGAGCAUGAACCAACUCAGAAAGCCCUUGGAUGGGCUGCUAGGGACGACUCUGGGAUACUUUCCCCUUUCCAUUUCACUAGAAGGGUGAAUGGAGAGAAUGACAUUACACUGAAGAUCCUCUAUUGUGGAAUCUGUCAUUCUGACUUGCACAUGAUCAAGAACGAGGUAGGACUUACCAGUUACCCCAUCGUUCCCGGGCAUGAGAUAGUGGGAGUGGUGACCCAAGUGGGCAGCAAAGUGAACAAAUUCAAGGUAGGAGACAAAGCAGGUGUAGGCACCAUUGUUGGUACUUGCGGUGCCUGCCCAGACUGCCAGGAUGACUUGGAGAUUUACUGCCCUAAAGCCAGCCACACAUACACCCUAUUUCCAACCUCCGACCAGCCCAAAAACUACGGCGGAUUUUCCGACAUCAUGGUGGUUAACCACCGGUUUGCCCUCCGUUUCCCUGACGCUCUCCCGCCUGAAGGCGGCGCUCCGUUGCUUUGUGCCGGAAUUACAGUCUACAGCCCCAUGAAAUACUUCGGGCUCAGUGAGGCCGGGAAGCAUGUGGGCGUGGUUGGGCUCGGCGGACUGGGCCACUUGGCCGUCAAGUUCGCCAAGGCGUUCCAGAUGAAAGUGACGGUGAUCAGUACGUCUCCUGGCAAGAAAGAGGAGGCGAUUCGUCUACUGGGUUCUGACUCAUUUUUAGUUAGCAAAGACUCAGAUCAAAUGAAGGCUGCUAUGGGCACAUUGGAUGGCAUCAUCGACACGGUAUCUGCGCCUCAUUCUAUUAAUCCUUUAGUUGAUCUUCUGAAACGGGACGGGAAGUUAAUUCUUUUAGGAGCUCCGGACUUGGAGCGACCUCCUGAAUUGCAAGUUUUUCCUCUUAUCAUGGGAAGGAAAAUGAUAGCAGGAAGUGCAGCCGGGGGGCUGAAGGAGACGCAAGAAAUGCUAGAUUUUGCAGGGGAACACAACAUCACUGCUGCUGUUGAACUCAUUCCCAUGGAUUAUGUCAACACCGCCAUGGCCAGACUUGAAAAGGGUCAAGUUCGCUACCGCUUUGUCAUCGACGUAGCUAACACCUUGGGCUUCGGAUCAGCUUAGUUUCAUUCCAUUUCAUUUUUUAGCUAUAAUGUAUUUUUUUUUUGUGUGUUAUUUGCAAGGCCAGCGCUGCACAAAUCAAAAAACUUUCAUUAAAAUUUUUGUAACGGUGAUGCUAUGGUGUCACCUAUUAUAUCUUGUACUAUUAUUUAAAGUUAUGCACUUGUUGUAAUAAACAGUUGGGUAGACUAUCCUCAUGCCCCCCUAUUAGAAGUCAA